AUGGAUGGCAACAGCCCUACGGCAGCAAUUGCUGUUGCUGCUCCAGCACUGAGUGGCGCGGAUCCUGCAGCAGCAAGAAAACAGCUAGCUCUCCUCUAUCAGCAUCUGCCUGUAGAUGAUCGCCGUUACGUCUCUGAAGCAGACAGAGACGAAAUAUUCAGACGCCUAAGGAAGGAAAACCGCAUAUGCUUUGACUGCAGCAGCAGGAAUCCCACAUGGAUAUCUCUAACGCAUGCAGUAUUUGUAUGCCUCUCAUGCUCCGGCAAACACCGGCGGCUGGGCACUCAUCUGUCUUUCGUGCGAUCCACGGAAAUGGACAAGAUUUACCCGGAGCAGCUGUUUCGGAUGGAGUUGGGGGGUAACCGUCGGGCACACGAGUUUCUCAGGGAGCACGGGGCGGACCUGAGCCAACCGUUGGACUACCAUGGCAAACUUGCGGCGAAACACCGACAGAUGCUAGACCGCCUAGUAAGCACGGAAAUGCAGGGCAUUGGGUGGGUUGUAGGAUCACAGAGUGAUCCUGCAGCUCAAACGACUGGGACGGCAGCACAGCACAACCAACAUCAGCAGCUUCCUCAGCAGCAGCAGCAGCAGACGUAUGGUGGGCUGCGUAGCAACGACGAACGCGUGCAGCUUCAUGACCAGCCUCUCUCUACUCCAACCACUGCUCUAGCAGCAAAUUCGGUGAACGCCCCUGUUCCGGUGGCAGUGCCCGCGGCCCCUGCAGGACCUGCCCGCGGGCAUAUUGUGGAAUCAUCCUGGGGAGGAGUUGCGAAGCCUGCUGUCUCCGGCAGAGGAGUCAGGAGCCGCAAGCUCGAAAUGGACUUCGACUUCGAGAAGGAGGCGGCUCUCUUGGCGGCAAAACAGAGGGCAGCAGCACAGGGCUCAUCCCAUGUCUCGGGCAGUUCUUCGCAGCCACCAGCGCAGCAGCAGGCAACGGGGCUAGUUAGCGUCAGCGGCAACAACGGUAGCAGCAAUAUUCAUAGGGCGGCGACGAACCCGACCUUCGGAAGCAGCGGCUGCACGUCUCUGGGAUCAGGAGCUGCUGGGGCGGCUGGCUAUGGUUCCAGCGGCAGCGCUACUUCUGCUGGCCGUGGCAGCAAUAGCACGCGGUUCUCCGGUGCGAAGAGUAUCUCUUCUGCUCAGUAUUUCAAUCAAGAAGACAGCUCGCCUCCCGUGGCCCCUGUGCCCGUCGAUCCUUCACGGAGGGCUAUUGGCUCGGAUGAAGUGUUUGGGAGGAGCAACACCGGCAGACGAGGUUGGGAAGACCAGAGCGCUGCGCGAGUGGAGGCGCUGCGCAUGCAUGCGCAACAGGGCUGGCAACAACUAUCUCAGGCUGGCAGCGACGCGUUGAGCAAGGCCCGGGAGUGGCUAGCUGGUACAUAA